GCGGCGCGCAUGCGUGUCGCUGCAGGGCGGGGAUGGAGGUCUUGGACGAGUUCGACUGGGAGCACCCCCUGAACUUCACGUUCUGCGAGCUCAUCUCGGAGGAAGCCUUCGAGCGGCAGGCCGUGUCGUACACCGAGCGCUCCCUGCGCCGCCUCUUCCGCAGCAUGGACCGAAACCCGACGCUGGGGGAGCGCGUGGUGCGCAAGUGGAAGCAGGAGGAGCGCGAGGGUCGCGGUCUCAUCUCCUUCCUCACGGGCAGGUUCUUCCGAGCCCUCCAGGGAGACCUCAACUACUACAAUAGCAUGGGGACCUUGGAGCUUCAGCAGAGGCUGGACCAUCUGAAGAAGAGGAUGCAAAAAUUAAACAUCUACGCCCAAGACGCAAGGCAGAAGAGAAGGAAGAGGGGGACCUAUAGACGAGAACACCCCCCUUCCACAGGGGGCAGCAUCUUGUCCCGAUCGCCACGUGCCGCAACCACUUCCAACAGGUCAUCCGUUCCAGUCACGUACAUGCCCAGAGUCUUUGGUCCUUUCCCUCCUCUCUCCGAUGAACAGACAGAGACAUUGGCUGGUCCAAACUCUGAAGUGAAGGUCAUGCAGCUAAACUGGACAGGACUGUCAGCACCCCCUAAGAGAAUGGUUGAUCUGACUCCUCUGGUGCUUAACCCUGGUGGUUUUCAUUCUUCCUGGCUCUCUGCAAACCCCACCCACAAGCUCCAAUGCUCUGGCUUUCCCUGGUCUUUGGGCCUGGGCCCCGCCAGCGAUCCCGAGGGCUCAGCCCCCACCAUGGGGAACGCCUCUGUCUUCACCCCCCCUGUGCUGCUCAAGUUCCAGCCUAUGCAGAGGCCUCAGGAGGAUCCCGAGAGCGACGGUGACAGCAAGAGCUUGGAUUCUCCCAGCAGUGCCCCACAAUGACGUCCCUCUAUCACUCUCAACUCAAGAAUGAAUAAAGCUCUCCAUGGAAACUGCUGCCUGUCAUUUGCCCAAGGACUCCCCAUUUGGUCCUGGGCUUCAGAGGGUGGGGCUGCACUGGGGGACGCUGACAACAUCCCAGGGAGGUCAGGGCUCAAGUUGUCCCCUCUCUGUGGGCCUCGGUUUUCUCAUCUGUCAAGUAUAUGUGGGUGAUUGGAGGGGUGUGGGACAUGGGAGGAACAAUCCCCUGGAGAAUGGGGGCAGAUCCAAGGCUUCAUUGGGGUCUUUGGUGACCUUGAUGAUCUCGAAGGUCUCUUGCCACUCUAAAUAUGUGAGCUUAUGCUACCUCUUUGUGGAAGAACCACCAUCUCAAGAUGCCUAAAAAGAGCAGCAGUUUCCACUGUCUGUCUUGCUUUUGUUGUGUCAAGCAUGUGGCCACCCUCAGAGCUUUCCUUUGGAUUGCAGGGAGGGGGUGGGGGGGUCCCUGUCUGCUGCCAGCAGCAGCACAUGACAGGGAGUCCAAGAGGUGCCCUAAAUGGGCCUGAGGCUGACCCCAAUGCUCUGGCCACCUCUUUAGCUCUGAACAGUGAUCCUGACGUGUGUUUCCUAACUUUCGCAGCAACCUUGUGAUGUUGAGAGGUCAGUGGUGUUGGCAGUCUCCAAAAUAAUUUGUCAGAGGAGAUGACCACCACCUGGAGGCUGAGCUGAAGCCAUCAGCUGACUUGCCAGAGGAUAAGAAACAAAGUGAAUUACUCAGAUGGUAGAGGUCUGAGGUGAAAGGGAAAUUUACCUCUUUAGCCAUCCCUAUGGUAUUUUGUCGCCUAACAUUGGAAGGAACAGUCUUCUGGGAAAGUCUAAUAGGAAUUAUGGGUUAUUCUAUUUGAAGUAUUUGUUAAUGCACUUUGAUGAAUCUGCUCUGUGAGUUUCUUUUGUGUCAAUAAAUAGUUGGCCAAUUCUUGA